UCAGACCGAGUUUCAGGAUGAUGAGCAUUCGGCUUCUUCUGUUCUCGAUCGCCGUAACAGGAUGUACUGCUCCGCCUUGCACGGAUCCACCUACUCUAGUAUGGCCGCUGGGUACAGGCAAUGGGUAUGAAGAAGUGAUGACAAACGCCAAUUCAGGAGUUCUUGGAACUGUCUCAUAUAGCACCGGCUACACAGCUAUUGGAAUGAAUUCAGCUAUGAACUUUUCAGGGGUGGCAGACUCAUUUGUGGAAAUAAAUGUGCCCAAUCAUGCUAGUAUAACCAACAUUAAUGGCGAUUACUCAAUUAUUUUUUAUGCAUACUUCGACAACAUCCAGUCUGGAACAAUAUUACAUUACAGAAGCGAUACAUAUAACGGAAUGCCAACAACGGACGAGAUCAGAGAACUGAAAAUUACUGUUUCAAGUGGAUUUAUUAAAAUACAUUACACGGAUUUUGGGUCAGUAGCGUUCGAAGAUACACCCAUCCUUGCUUCGGAAUGGUACAGCGUUAGUUAUGAGAAAGACUUAAACAAAGAUGGACCAGCAUUGUACCUUAAUAUUACUGGAAAUUAUAAAGCUAUCGGCACUAUUGUGAAAGACAAACUAACAAUUUUUCCAGGUACUAUACGUAUAGGUGCUGAUUUUGACGGAACCAAUCCAUUUUCUGGCAGACUAGCUUGCCUUCAAAUUGUUCCAUGCAGAGAGGCCAUCGGUACAACUUAUGAUAAUCAUUGCGCAACACAGCCAACAACUACAACUUCCACGACGACCACGGAGAGACAAACUACUACAACGACAACGGAGCCAACGACUACAACGACCACGGAGCAACCGACUACCACAACGGCAACGGAGCAACCAACUACUACAACAACCACGGAGCAACCAACUACUACAACGACCAUGGAGCAACCAACUACUACAACGACAACGGAGCAGCCAACGACUACAACGACCACGGAGCAACCAACUACUACAACGACAACGGAGCAGCCAACGACUACAACGACCACGGAACAACCAACGACUACAACGACCACGGAGCGACUGACAACAACAUCAGCGCUACCACCCAUUACAGUGCCUUUUUCAGCUGCUGAAUAUAGUCCGCUGUAUGAAGUAUCAGACAGAUGCUACCGCUACACAAGGACGGAAAAGGAUGUCACAUUUGGAAAUAUUCUGGAUGUUAUCCGAACUACCACAGUGCACACCGUAGUUGCAUGUGCGAAAUACUGUGAUAAUGAAACACUGUGUUUUUCUUUUACUGUAGUGCCGUUAGGCACCGGAUUCGAAUGUAAAAUUGGAAUAAAGGCGCCUUUGACCACACCAUUACUGGGAUCAAUGUUGUAUGAAUUGUAGCGUCUCAUUUUCAUAUUGCUGUUCAUGAAAAUCUAACUAUGUAACAUUUUAUUGAAUGCAAAUGCUGAUAACAAAAGCCAUUGUGCAUACCUACUACAGCUACAAUUCCAAACUUAUGCUAUAAUGGUACAUAUUUCAUACAUUAUGAUUCCACUUAAGGGCAUAUAUCAUCUAAUAUAAAGAUAAAUGCGAGCGUUUAAUUAUGGAAUCCUGCUGAUAAUUCUAACAGAUGCGUUAACUUAGAGUGACUAAAAUUUGAAAUAUUUAAUCAUAUCUUAUGUCUUCUGUGAAAAAAAAACAUGUCAAAAAAUAAGUAACGGACACCAGAAGUCACUCUGUAUAUAUUUGAUCUUGUUUACUUUUUUCAUAAAACCAAUCGCACUUCACAUUCUUUGUUUUGACACGAAAGAAUAUAAUCUAGUUUUUUGGUAUUUA